AUGGGCUCUACGAAAACCGCAUCGACGGCCACUCAGCGCGAGCCAUCUCCGCCCAAGAAGCCCGACUCAAGCGACCCCGUCGUCGAUGGACUGAAGGAUUUGAACAUUGGACGAACUCCCAGUCUUGUCGUUAACGGAACGGGCUCAACGUUCACCGAGAGAUCAAAAUCCGCAACUAAGGAUGGAUCGGAUGAUUCUCAGAGAGCGGAUUCAAGCUCCGAGCUUGGCACUAAGCCUGCUAGUUUAGACGGGAAGAGCAUUACUUCAGGAACUACCUUUGCGCUUGAUGAGAAGGAAUCUCUGCGUCCCGAUGACAGUGCCAGCGUGAAAGCUGCUGCUGCCGAAGACGAUGACGCCUUCUCGUUUCGCGGGCCGAACCUGCCCAACUCUAGGAUGGGGUCAGACAUCGCCGCGCGUGCUAGAGGCAUCAUCCAGCUCGGCGACAUGCCAGACCGCCGUCUUGCCCAACCCGUAUCUGGAUCAUUGAGCCAGGGCAUGAUUACGCCGCAGAGCGCGUCCUCAGAUCAGCAACAGCCUUCUGCGAAUGCGCUGUCGGCCAACUUACCCGACUCCGCCAAUCUCUUGAACACGAUCUACGGGCAGGCACCGGAUGAAAAGCUUUUAGAAGCCAUGGCGUCUCCCAAGGACCGACUUUUUCUGCUUAGAUUAGAGGCGGAACUGAUCAAGUUUGUUCAGAAUUCCAAAACUCCGUACGCCAGAGUUCCCGAGUCUUUAGCUAGUAUUGCGGCUCCGGAAACUAGUGCUGAGACGCCACCGCCUCCUGCCGUUCUCCCCAGGAAGAUCAUGCGGCGUGGUGAGGAUGGGGAGCUUGCAACCGCCAGCGCCUCGCCAUCGAAGCCCACGUCCGAAACUGGAAGUGAUUCCAAGGACAAGAAUGCGGCUGGGAAUCAAAAGCUAUCGAGAGAACAACGUGAGGAGGCCUACAAGCAGGCCCGACAGAGGAUCUUUGGCAACUCGGAGAAGACCGGAGAGUCAACCCCUGCUACUGCAGACAACGAGGGCGAAAAUGGAAUUUCACGAGCCAGCUCGGUCUCGGCGAGAGACAAAUCGAAUGCUGGAAAGAGGGGCAAGACUGGGAAGCAAAGACGUGACGAUUCGGACAGCUUCGAUUCACGACACAACUAUACCCCGUACUGGGGUCCUCAGCAACAGACCUGGAUGCCGCAGCCGCAAUACGUCCCCGUGUCCAAUCAGUACGGGGCUCCGGUUCAACAACCCUAUUCGAAUCAGAUACAGCCUCCUCCCUACAACACCACUCCGACGCAAUCUUUUGCUCCAAUGAUGCCCAACUCAGGCUAUAACGCGUAUCCUAACAUGGCCCAGCCACCUCCGAACGCCGCUGCUCGGGGUUAUGGUGGACCUGCUCCUGGACCUGCUCCCGCCCAAGCCGGCUGGCAGCAGGGCUUUGCGCCAGGUCCGGCUCCGGCGGCGAUGCCGCCAUCCGGGCCUAAUGCAGCAUCCUACACCCCGCGGGGCAUGUCCGCUCCGCCUGGACAGAGCACUGUGCCUUAUAUGUACGGGCAGCUGCCAGCCAACGUCAACCCCAAUGACCCUAAGAGCCAGCAUCCUAUUCCGGGUAGCUACAACCGUCACGCCUUCAACCCCAAGACGCAAUCAUUUGUCCCGGGUGGCGGCAUGGCUCCAAUGCAGCCGCCUCAACCCCCGUUCAGCGCCCCUGGCUCCCAUCAUGGCAGCCCCCAGAUCGGCUCACCUCACCUGGCGUAUGCCGGAUACCAGCAACCGGUCCCGCCUGCACCGUACGGCGUUGUAGCAGGUUAUAGUAUGGCUAGACAGGGGUCAAACAACUCUAUUCCCUCUUACCACGGCCCGCCGUCACAACACCCUCACCAUCUCAACACCAUCCCCCAAGCACCGGGUCCUCACAUUCCGCCGCAGCAUCCUUCUCAACAUCUCCCCCAAAACCCGUCUCCUCACAUCCCUAACAAACCCGUCAUCCCUCAGGGCCCGGCCGGACAGACGUUCAGCCACCUGCCGCACUACGGCAACCCUGCUACUUUGCCGCAAAAGCCGAACAUGGGCGUUUAG